CCCACUCUCUUCAUUGACCUUGUCAGGAUUUGGAGUUUUAUACCCUCCAACUCCAAUCCCUUACCUACGGUUUCAGUUUUCCCAGAUCCGGCCCUCCUUAACUCCGAUUAACCUUAAAUAUGAUGCAACAGCCGGGAGCCGGAGUUGUCCCUCAGCAGAUGGCCACCGAUCAGCAGUACCAACAGCAGCCACCGCCACAGCAGUGGAUGAUGAUGCAGCAGCAACAGCAGCCUGUUCCACCGCCUUCUGGUUGGACCCCACCGCCUGUCCCUCCCCCGGCUCAGUAUGCUGUUCCUCAGGCAGUUGCGCAGGGUGGUGCCGGUGCAGAUUCGGCCGAGAUCAAGUCGUUGUGGAUCGGAGACUUGCAGCAGUGGAUGGACGAAAAUUAUCUCUUCAGCAUCUUCGCCAACACCGGGGAGGUUGUUUCAGCUAAGGUUAUUAGGAAUAAGCAGACUGGCCUCCCAGAGGGUUAUGGUUUCAUUGAGUUUGUUUCUCGUGCAGCAGCAGAGAGGAUCUUGCAGACAUAUAAUGGUACAUUAAUGCCAAAUACAGAACAGAAUUUCAGGCUAAAUUGGGCUACUCUCUCAGCUGGUGAGAGGCGUCAAGAUGAUGGCCCCGAUUAUACAAUAUUUGUGGGAGAUUUGGCUGCUGAUGUCAAUGAUUACCUAUUGCAAGAAACGUUUAGAAGUGUUUACUCAUCUGUGAAAGGUGCAAAAGUGGUAACUGAUAGGGUGACUGGACGCCCCAAGGGCUAUGGCUUUGUGAGGUUCGGUGAUGAAAAUGAGCAAAGACGUGCUAUGGUUGAAAUGAAUGGACAGUACUGUUCUAGUAGGCCCAUGCGGAUUGGGUCAGCUGCUACUAAAAAGCCUGCAGUGCAGCAAUUUCAGAAUGCUUCCAUACAGAAUACUCAAGGAAACCAGGGCGAGAAUGAUCCAAAUAAUACAACUAUAUUUGUUGGGGCAUUGGAUCCAAGUGUUUCAGAUGACCAUUUGAGACAAGUGUUCAGUAAAUAUGGUGAGCUAGUGCAUGUGAAGAUACCUGCAGGCAAGCGAUGUGGGUUUGUUCAGUUUGCUAACCGGGCUUGUGCUGAACAAGCACUGCUGAUGUUGAAUGGAACCCAGUUAGGGGGACAAAGUAUUCGACUUUCAUGGGGGCGCAGUCCUUCAAACAAACAGGCUCAGCCAGAACAAAGCCAGUGGAAUGGAGGGUAUUAUGGAUAUGCGCAAGGAUAUGAUGCAUAUGGAUAUGCACCUUCCCAGGAUCCUAACAUGUAUUAUGGUGGCUAUCCUGGAUAUGGGAACUAUCAGCAACCAGGAACUUACCCACAGCCACAGCAGUGAUCUAUUCUGUUAUGUUGCUGGAUGAUUACAACGUUGGCUGAAAUCCUUGGCAGCAGAGCUAGAGGUUGCAGCUGUUUGCACUAGAGAGUCCAGACUGUUGUACAAUGCUUGGUGUUUGGAACUAGGCUUUAUGCCAUUUUGUUUAAGCUUUAGUUAUUGAUGAGCGAUGACUAGUAUGUUUGGAGGCAACAUCUGUGGGCAUCACUGCACUCCGAUAUUAAUCAUAUGAUUCAUGAAUUUGCUCGUGAUGUGUUCGGUGGAAACUUAAAUGCUUUUAAUUAUCAUUAUACAUUGUUUGUGCUUA